UGGGGACAUGUUGAACUUGAAAUAGUUCCUUUUUAAAAUGAACUUUCCAAGUUCCAAGCAGCCCUCCUGUCUGAUCAGGAAUGUUUGCUCCCUAACAUUCUGAGGGGUUUGGGUUUGACCGUUGGAAGUGGGCAGUUGGUGAUCUCUGGGGUAAGUAAGGCUCCUUAGGAAACUCUGUGGGGUUGGGGAAUUGCAAAGGCAGGUCCCUACUAGUGAAUAUAGGCUAGGGGGAUUUAAAUAUAGUAAAAACAAAGAAGCCCAACGUCCAGAUCAACUUCCCUACAAACCAAGAGUAAGUUCAUUUAACACGAAACAGCUCCAUCUUUAUAUUUGCUAGCCUUUUAGUGUCUCUUCACUUACUUAUCAACCAUUAUUUCAGUAAUUUUAUUGAUAUCUACUAUGCUUUUAUGCUCCACACACUUGUUGGUCUGUUUAUAUACUACAGUGGUACCUUGGGUUAAGUACUUAAUUCGUUCCGGAGAUCCGUUCUUAACCUGAAACUGUUCUUAACCUGAAGCACCACUUUAGCUAAUGGGGCCUCCUGCUGCUGCCGUGCCGCCGGAGCACAAUUUCUGUUCUCAUCCUGAAGCAAAGUUCUUAACCUGAAGCACUAUUUCUGGGUUAGGGGAGUCUGUAACCUGAAGUGUAUGUAACCUGAGGUACCACUGUAUUCUCUUUUGUAUGCUCGACGUUAUUGCAGGAAAACUCACUUUUAAAAAGUCUGUCCUCGUCUCCUUCCUCUCACACCAGUCUCCCUGCCAGGCCUGCCAAAUGUGCUGCUACUCCAACCACAGACUAAGCAAAAUAUUUCCUUAGCACCCACCCUUGCUGCAGGAUGUGAGAUUCCUCAGGUAGUUUUAGGGCAGCCUGCCCCAAGGUAUUUUGGACUACAGCUCCCAUCACCCUCAACCUUUCACUGUGACGGCUGGGGCUGUUGGGAGUUGGAGUCUAACACAUCUGGAGGGCAUCUGGUUGGGGAAGACUGGCUGCUAAUCUUUCAACAUGGCUUCCAGAGCGGUCUGUGAAACUAGGCCCGGUUCUCAUUCCCAUUCUCAGCAGCAUGCCUGUCAGGAAUGGCGAGAAGAUGGAGAAGAGGUCUCAGAGUAAGAACAGAGGGAGGACAUGCACAGAGACCAGCGAUAGGGAGGUGCCUGGCUACAAAACCCCAUUGCUAUCAGCAACAGAGUCCAAAGAGCCUGCAGAUGGGAAUCUGCAAAGUCCCAAGGUGCCCCAAAUCCCUCAAACUGUGGAGCAUCCUGGGACACCAGCCCCCUGGUCCAGACGGAGGCCAGACAGGCUCAAGCAGGAGCCGGCAGGUAGGUUAUUAUCUUGCUUAUUUUAUGCUCAUUUUACUGCUGGUGCCACUUUUGUACUAAACAUUUUAGAUCAGCCUUCUUUGACCUAGUUCCCUCCAGAUGUUUUGGACUACAACUCCCAACAGCUCCAGCCAGCACAAGGAUAUUGACUCCGGUCUUCCCUGCCCAAUGUGUAUAUUUGUAAAACAUGCACAAAACCUCCAGAUAUUACAAAUACACUAUUAAUCUCACAAGAAAACUAAUUUCAUGUGGCAGCUGUUCCUGGAACUCCCCACUACCUUGGGAAGUGUGGAAUGUAGUAGUAGUAGUAGUAGUACUAGUACUAGUAGUAAUAAUAAUAAUAAUAAUAAUAAUAAUAAUAAUACCUUAGCAAGUGAACUAAAUACAACUAUGAUCCGAAAUGUUUUUUUGUUCUAGCAGGUGAUGGGUGGGUGUCCAAAGAUGCAGAGGCUUUGUCUGCAGUGGCUGUGGGAGGCAGAGAAGGAAACCACCAAACCCUGCAGGCAGAGAGCAACACACUGGUUCAAAAGAAGGCAAAGCCUCUGCCCCUGAAGGAGCCAGACAGAGCCCAGGCAGCAGAUGUGCUUGAGAACUUCCUCAGUCAUUUUCUCACCUAUCUGCAUGAUUGCCCAGACAGGCCUUACUUCAGGGACACCAGGGAACUCGUUCCAGGCAGCAGCUAUGAGUAUGAAAAGGUAAUGUAUAACAAAUGCCAGGUAAGCAGCUUUAUCCAAAGCUGGGCAACCUCUCAGUUGUUGUUGGGAUUCAAUCCCCAACAUUCCUAGUCAGCUUGGCCAGUGGUCAAGGAUGAUGGAAGCUGAAGUCCAGCAACAUCAGGGGACCCAAGUUGAAGGAUAGGGCUGGGGAAUCUGUGGUCCACCAGAUGUUGCUGGACUCCAGUUGCCAUCAGACUCAGCCAGGUGACCAAUGAUCAGGGAUGAUGGGAGUUGUAGUUCAGCAACAUCUGGGGUACCAAAAGUUCUCCACUCCUAGUAGAAAUAGUUAAACACCCCUUAUCUCUUCUUUAAAAAAAUAAUAUUUAUUGCUUUUAUACCUUACAAAAAGAAAAAAGAGAAAAGAAGAAAGGAAAGAAGAGGAAAAAAAGCAAAAAAAAGCAAAAGAGAAAACAAUACAAUACAAUAUAUAAACAAUACAGAAUGCAACAUUAACAUUAACACGUUAACCAAACAAAAACAAAACAAUUUAAAAAAAAACACACAUCGUACCAUCUCAAUAUCCUCUCUUUCAUUCCCUUGUUUCAUCAACCUCCUCUCACCUCCCUUUUUGUAUUCCAUUUCUACUAAUUGUUUCAGCAAAUCCUUUCCAUCUUUCUCUAUUUUCUGUCAUGUAAUUAUCUUAACAUAUUUUAACCUUAUUUUCCAUUAAUACUAUAGUACUUAUUUAUACUUAAUUCCUUAAGAUAUUUCUACUAAAGCCAUAUAAUUCCCUUCCAACAUUUUUCUAACACUCAUUAAUUUUACAUUAUUUCCGUAUAUAGGUUUUAAACUUUUUCCAAUAUUCUUCCACCAUCUCUUCUCCCUGGUCUCGGGUUCUGCCAGUCAUUUCCAUCAAUCCCAAAUAGCCCAUCAACCUGGUGAUCUUCUGUCCGAGGCUCUUAACUCUCUUCCAGGUCCCUUCUGCAGGUCUUUUUAAUAUUUAUACGUGCUCUUUACUUUGUCUUCUCCUGAUCUUGUUCUUAUUUUCCUUCCUUUGAUGCUGAAAAGUAAAUCUCCGGGGAAUUCCCAUCUAGCAAUGUUUUUAUUCCUUCUCGACAGGUCAACCAAAUCUCCAUAAUUAAAACUGAAAUUCAAAAGAUAUUUCCAAUCGUGUUCCAAAGUUCCUCCAAGUCUGGCAGUCCCCACAACUCCAGUCUCCUUCUGACCCAAGUCCAGGUCCCAUAGGUCAAUCUCCAGUCCAAGCGGGGGCUCCAAUCCUAGAAGUCUGACUUUCUCUAAAUUCAGUCUUGGAAGGCAUCAACUUAUAAUCAUCAAAUUGCAACUGUAAGGCUGGAACUCUCUGCCUCACCACUUGUGCCACUUUAAGUUCCACAGCGAAAACUUUCUCCUCCGCCUUCUCCUCGAUUUGCCAUGUCAAAAUAGAUCCCUGUGUCGUUUCCUGAAUAAUUUCUGUAUUAAUAUUGACUUUUUGUGCCAAAUUAGUCACUUUUUGUUCUAAGUUAUCAAUUUUUAUAGUCCUCGCAUCCGUCUUCUUGAAAAGCUGUUCCAGUGAGUCAUUAAUCUUACAAAAUGCAACCACUAAGGCUUCUUCUGUCAACAUUCUUAACGUAUCAAGGUCAAUCCCAGAUUCUCACAACUUUAUCUUGCAAGUGGAAAAUUCCCCCAGCUCAGCUCUUGUAACAAUUUCAAAGGUUUCCUCUAGGGGGAAACAAUUUCUAUUUGUAUCAAUCCUUUUAGGCACAGUUCAAACAAUAAAGUUUGUUUCAAUUUUCAGUUACUUUUACUCCUUUUUAAACGCAGAAGGAGACAAUGGAAACAAGAUAUUUCCCUUCUUUAACUUACUGUCAGCAGACAAUCUGUUCACAGUCAAUGAGCAUAUCCAAAACUUCAAUACUUGCUAGCAGCCCGUUUCCAGGUUCAGAGCGGUGGUAAUUUGACUUUCUUCACUCUGUCCUGCAGGCUUACACGAUCUUAAAUCUCCCCUCUUCUCCUGCUUCCAAGGGGGGUUUGGUAAUUUAACCGAUGGAAGUUUAAUCCUUUAUGAGAGACUUUCCAAGGCUUUAGCUUGCAGCCUCUUUGCUUCAAUCUAUUUACAAAAGGGGGAGGCGGACUUCCUGUUUGAAACCUCCCCGUUUCGGUGCCAAAUUAAGACGUUUAAAAAUCCAAUUUUCCGUUCUACUCACGGGUUGUUGUUUUAAGAUCAAAUUGUCCACAGGAAAAAGUCAGCGCUCUCCUGCAACAGCAAUGCGGCUUCACUCCGUGAAAAAAGCAGUCGAUUCAAAGCACCGCGCCACUCACCCCACCUCACUCCGGAUCCCCGAAACCGGGUUUCCCCGCGAGUAGAGGAGGCGCAAAAGGUGCCAGCCGAAUCCCACGUCCACAAGCCUCUCCCGCCUGUGGUUUUUGAUGGGUCUCCGCCUUUGCUGUGGCGGCCAGACCCUAAUUUCCACGGAGCGGAUUCCUCCCGAUCAGAGGAAUCCAGCCAUUGCGGGAGGCGCCUUAUCUCAGUGCUGUCGCUCUGAUCAAAACUGAGGACAUCUCCACCCCAUAAAACUUCAGGAGAUCGAGCCUCCUACACCUUGCCUAACUGGGCUCUGAGGAGGAAAGUUCAAAAAUCGCACCUAAGCAGCAAACUCACCAUAUGGCCUCAGGUGAGCUGCAGGCUCUCUCAGCCUCAGUCUGAACGCAUCUGCUCCAUGGGGAUUCAAAUUGCAGGCAACAAUCCACCACAGAGUUUCACUUGCCUAAGCCCAUUAGAACCAGUGGGUAUUGGGCCAUAUGAAGAUUGUAAUAGCAGUGUAACAUAAUGGCUGUAGAUCAAACCACACCUAAUGGACUUUUAAUUUAAGCAAUGGGAGGGAACCCUGUGGGUGCUACAGAAGGUCCCUGUGGGUGCCUGUGCACCUGCAGGCCCCACAUCAGUGACCCCUGUGCUGUAAUAAAUGCUUACUACUGCUACUUUCUGGUUGUUGUUGUUGUUUAGUUGUUUAGUUGUGUCCGACUCUUUGUGACCCCAUGAACCAGAGCACGCCAGGCACUCCUGUCCUCCACUGCCUCCCGCAGUUUGGUCAAACUCAUGCUAGUAGCUUCGAGAACACUAUACAACCAUCACGUCCUCUGUCGUCCCCUUCUUCUUGUGCCCUCCAUCUUUCCCAACAUCAGGGUCUUUUCCAGGGAGCCUUCUCUUCUCAUGAGGUGGCCAAAGUAUUGGAGCCUCAGCUUCACGAUCUGUCCUUCCAGUGAGCACUCAGAGCUAAUUUCCUUAAGAAUGGAUGCAUUUGAUCUUCUUGCAGUCCAUGGGACUCUCAAGAGUCUCCUCCAGCACCAUAAUUCAAAAGCAUCAAUUCUUUGGUGAUCAGCCUUCUUUACGGUCCAGCUCUCACUUCCAUACAUCACUACUGGGAAAACCAUGGCUUUAACUAUACAGACCUUUGUUGGCAAGGUGAUGUCUCUGCUUUUUUAAGAUGCUGCCUAGACUUUCUGGUACUAAAAUCCAAAAAGCCAAUAUAAUGCUGGUGAAGCAUAAUAGUUAUCUAAAUCAGGCCAUUUGCACUCAAGGAGUAAAUCUUCAAGGAAUAAUUAAUCUCAAGGAAGCUGCCAUCUGUCUCCUUACUGCUCUGCUGCUGCAACCGCCACUAACCUGCCCCACCCCCUGCAAUGCAAUUGGGCACACCUCCCAUAAUCUCAAACCACGGAUCAUACUGGCUGAGGCUGAUGGGAACUGAAGUCCAAAAACAGCUAGAAGGGAAGACCUCAGAGUCAGUGUGACAGGUGAGGCAGGGUUGGUUCUGUGCCUCAAGCCCUCUCCUUCCUUCCCUGUUGUCUUCAACGAUGCUGUUGGUUUGCCUGCAGGUCUUGCAUCCGGGCGAGUUUGAGGUGAUGCUAAGCAUCCUUGUCCCACAGGACGUCCAGUACACUGAAGUGGAGGGCUAUGGCGGCCUCUUUUACACCCUGGCUCUCUUGAGAAAGUCUCGCAGCUUCCCAGCAAUGCUCCUUCUGGAGGAUGGGAAGACCAUCUCCCCACGGAACAUCAUGGAGGAAUUCCGGAAACACGUCGACCAGUUUCUUAAAGUUUCUUAUUCAGGUGUGGCCAAUCAGGGAUUUGGGGUGAGGGUAGGAGGAAAGGAUGAAUAGCCAACACCGGAGUGGGGGUUUGUUUACAGACCUGAACCACUUUAUACUGCACCCAGGCACCACACAUUCCUGGGAGGCUUGUAAACAUUGCCAGCCACAGCUUGCUGAACUAUGCAGGCAUCCCAAGCAACUCCCUAGGGUGCCUGGGAUACCCAACACACAUUAAAAGCAUAUGACUUCCCCCCAAAGAAUCCUGUGAACUGUAAUUUCCACCUCACAGAGUUAUAAUCACCAGCAAACCCAUUUUCUGUAAACUGCUUAGAGAUUUAAAAAGGUAAAGGGGUAAAGGGACCCCUGACCAUUAGGUCCAGUCGCGGACGACUCUGGGGUUGUGGCGCUCAUCUUGCUUUACUGGCCGAGGGAGCCGGCGUACAGCUUCCGGGUCAUGUGGCCAGCAUGACUAAGCCGCUUCUGGUGAACCAGAGCAGUGCACAGAAACACCGUUUACCUUCCCGCUGGAGCAGUACCUAUUUAUCUACUUGCACUUGACAUGCUUGCGAACGGCUAGGUGGGCAGGAGCAGGGACCAAGCAACGGGAGCUCACCCCAGAUUUGAACUGCCGACCUUCUGAUCAGCAAGUCCUAGGCUCUGUGGUUUAACCCACAGCGCCACCCGCGUUUAAAUUAAGUGGUUUAUAAAUCCUGCUAAAUAAAUUCAUAAAUUUGCUGCACACAUGUACACCUGGAGGUGUACUGCAUUUUUGGCUUGCAUUUUUUGCUAGCGUUGCAGGCUGUUUGGCCCCCUGAGCUGCCUCAGUUGUUCACCUAGCUGUCCAUCUGGUCUUUCAGUGCCUUUUCCAGGUUGGCAGAUGAGGCUGGAGAAGAAGAAGUCAAACUGUCCAGCAGUUCAGCUUGUAAUGCUGGACAACCAAGGCGCCAAGUUCAUGUCCUUGAACCUCGUCCCUGCUCUGGAGAUGACUGGCCAGUGGCCAUGCAUGAAGAAGGCAAAGGAGCUGAUGAAGGGGAAAGAACUGCUUCACUUGAUGAGGGUGUUUUAUUUCAUAGCUGAACAAUCCCCCGGGAGGCACAACAAAGGUAACAUACCCCUCUUACCUCUGUCAGCCAACCUGGUGCCAUCAAAGGGUUGUUAGGGGUAAAUUUCAGGCUGGAAAUAGAGGCAAAGGUUCCAGUUUCCCAGCAAACUCUUCCAAUACGUAGGCUCAGCUAAUGUUUCACCUAGAUUCCCACUUACAUACGAACACACAUGCCCAUUAAGGAUUUUAUUUUUGUAGAAAAUAACUAAACAUGCCACAUGUCAGCAAAGCAUGAAACUUUUUGGAUUUUCCCCAUAUAUGGUAAAUCUGGAUUGUGUGGAUGCUGUGAAAAAUGUGCAUGCAUUUGAGCAUUGAUCCCAUGCAACAAGCCCCCACCUGGAAGCAAGCCUGGACUGUGUUUAGCUCAGCUGAUCUUGGAUCCCUGCUGGGCGGAAAUUGGGGGCAAGACAGCCAAGGAAGGGGCUAGGUGCAAGGAGGAAUGCAGCAGCCAUAGGAGCCAACUCCAGGGGACUGAGGUCCCUAUGGCCCCUCUCCCCAAAAAUAUUUCAGGGGACCCCCCCCCCCAUUGAUGGGCAUUGCCAUUCAAAUGGUGUGUGUGCACCACGUCUUAUGAUUGAGGGCAGGGCUUACCUGGGACCCCACAAUAUUCAAGUUGGCACCCCUCCUCCACAUCCUGCAUAAUUUAAUCCACCUCUUUCAUAUAACAUGUCUCCUGCCCCUAAUUUUUUUAAAAAGCUGUACACCACCAAAUGUUUCCUUGUAAGGAGGUGUCUCCAGCUCCUUGAUAAUAUUGAUUACUGACACAGAGUGGUGCAUGUCUAUGUCCUGUAUAUUUCAGAGACCUGGAGAAUUUCAUUCUCUCAUGUUGAAAAAGAGAUUUUGAACCUCAACAGCAGGUCCCAAUCGUAUCACAAGACAAAGUGCUGCAGGUAUGUGUGCCUGGCAACAUUGUUAGGGUUUGUGAUUAAUGAGGGCAGCACUUAGUUUCUGACAUAGGUGCUGGGGGGGGGCACUGUGUAUGCAUGACUUCACGCACAUGAUACCCCUGCCAACCCGGCCAGGCCAGCUCAGACCGCCACCCCCUCCCCUGCCAGCCGUCUUGCCUAUGUGAAAGGGGUGUGCAGGACAAAGAUGCUUCGCCCUGCUACGUCCCUGGCAAUCCUCAAAAGGAUGUGGCAGGGUGAAGCAGCUUUAUCCUGGUGCAUCCUUUUCAGGAUCGCUGUGGAUUUUGGGAGGGAGCUGCCCCCUUCUUGAAAAUAUUGAGGGGCUGCCCCCUGCCCCCUCAGUAGAUGGCAUCCCUGGCUUCCGAAAUGAGAUGGGCAGCUGUACCAGCAUUCCACAAAUGGGGAGCCACUGCAGAAAAGGCCUGUUCUCCUGUUGCCACCUACUGGUGGAGUGGGCACACAAAGAAGCCUCUGUUCCUCUGUCUCAGCCUCCUCCCUCAUGUCAUCCUCCUGUUCCCCCCCUCCUUAUGUAUGUCUCAGCCUGAUGUUCCAUUUCUGAGCUCACAUAAGACUCAUAACAGAAAGCCUGCUCUUUGGCAGGUGUCUUGGCCGAGAUAUUGCAGUGCAGAAAGGAGUGUUUGACCAGGAGUGGCAAUGUUUGGCAUGGAGUGCCUUUGUGAACGGAAAGCUUACCUGCUGCAUGUAGGGAUGAGUGCUUCUUUUAUGUGUGUGUGAGAGAGAAACUGUUCCCUGGUGUUGGGUUACAAGAGAGUUAGAGCAAUAUAGUGUACAGACAAGUUCCAAGGCAUAGUAGUCAUAUAUUAGUAAAGGGAAGAGCGACUGCUCUGCCAUCACUUUCUCCACCACCUUGCCCCCAAAAGUUCCCCUCAGCAGAUAUCCUCCAUGUAUGCUCUUGUGUGGAUGACAUACUGUAUGGCCAGAGAGAUAUACCUCAUGCCACAAAUCCUAUCGUCAAGUGACUACCCAAGUUUCAGAAAUGAUAACCAUAGUUCAUUGUAUACAGAGAGAUGGGGGGUGGACAUUGUUUGGGGAAAAGCUCUAAGAAAAGAUCUGAAUGAGUCAGGCUAAUGACGGGGGGUGUCUGUUCUAGGAAAGACUGCUUGAAGAUGCUGGAUGACCUUGUGAAUGCUCUCAAGAUGGAAUACCCUCAAAUGUUGGGUCAUCUGAGUUCCUACCACAGCUGGACAUCCUUCCUGCACACCCUGUGGGAGUGGAAGGCCGAUAAAGACUGGAAGCCUUCUGAAGUCCCUCAGUGUUUCGAGAGGGUCUUGACCAAUUUCAUCCACACGGUGGCCACUGCUCACCUGACCCACUUCUUCCUACCCAAAUGCAACCUGUUUGGGGCAAAGUUCUUCCCGCCCACAAAGCUGAAAUUCUUAUGGGCGCAGCUGAAGGAGAAGGAAGGAGCUAUGAAAUCGUUCACUGUGUCCCGCAAGAGACGCUCUUCUGCCCUGAUUGUAAAUCCUGAUAUGACUUGGCCUCUCAUGAUUACGCUUGGCCUGAUAGUUCUAGUAUCAGUUGUUCUCCCACAAACUGCAACUUAAAAAUGUAGGGUUAUCAGCUUCCACUGUUUGGUUUUCUGAACUGAGAGAAAAUGUGUUUUAGAAUUUCUUUGUUAAUGGCCAAUCAUAGUCAUCUCAUCCUGACCCAGCUAGCAACAUUUUGAUGUAAUCCACAGCAGUGCUUUAGAGGCAGUGUUUUACAGGAUGGAAUUUGUGUGGGAAAUGUGUCACUGGGCUGGAAAAUCCACAUGGAGUUUUGGUUAAGACAAGAGAUCUGUGAGCAGGAUAGCAGAUGAUUGUCAGCUCCUCCUCUUGGUCCUUCUUGCAAAAUCUGUGGGGAUCUUUCUCUUGCACAUUUUUCGCAUGGAAGGGUGUUUGUUUGUUUGUUUGUUUGUUUGUUUGUUUGUUUUGCAUCUCAAGCACUCCUGACUUUCAUCAGAGAUAGAUUAUAUGGUAACAGUGGUAGCACAUGCAAUGAUCCACAAUAUUCCUGUUACGCAUUUAUCCCUUGAUGAUUUGACCAUAUGAGGAAGACAAAAUAUGUGAGUAUAUGGUGAAAUAAUAUACCAGAGGAAUGUAAAUAAAUGGCCUUAUUCCUAGUAUAAGACAGGCCAAUUCCAUUACCACUUUUGAUCAGAUCUCUGUAUUCUGUUUAAUUAGGAAAUUGCUUCUCCAAAAAUGUUGAUUUGUGGGUUGGUGCUCUGUCCUGAAAAUUAAUUUCUCUGUGUGUUUAUGCCCAUAACAGCUAGUUAAAGCUACAUCUGUGGCUCCAAGUUGCUUGGUCUUCUCAGUCACAAUAUACAGGAUUUGAUAAUGUACUGAUUUGCCAUUCAGCCUUUCCCAAUCUGGUGCCCUCCAGAUGUUUGGACUGCAACACAAUCCCAUUAGUCCCAGGCAACACAGGCAUGUUUCCAUCAGCCUCAGCAUCAUGCUUGCCAGGGCUGAUGGGAGUUAUAGUCUAAAACAUCUAGAGGGCAUCAGGUUGGGGAAGGAAGGCUGGUACAGUAUCACCACCUUUUGCUUGCCUGGGUAUUACUUCAGCUAGAAAUGGGCUGCCUAGUUUGGUUUGGAGAGAUCUCCAAGUUAUUGAGUGGGAUGAAAAUAGUUUGUGUUUAAUUUCCCUCCUCAUUGUUUUGUUUAUUGGUGAGCUGUGUUGGUGUUCUGAUGGAUGGACUUUGUUUAUUUCAAAACCAGAGAAAAUUAUAAUAAAUAGAUUUCCUAAAGUUUA